AUGCAAGCAGAACUCUCUGAUAUAAAGAAAGCAGUCGCAGAGACACAACAAGAACACGAGGAGGCUUCAUCGUCUACCCAAAAACUUGUCGAUGUAAGCAGUAAUUACAAAUCUAGUAUUACAAACAAGACAUUGAGAAAAUCCGCAACGCAUAAUUACGUUGUCCCCAGUUUUGAAAGUAGUGUUAGUUUUAAGAAAGAAGAUAUAGUUGGGUCUGUGGAGAGUAAUGAAAGGCCUAUAAAAUCUUGGUGUAAUUCUGAAGAAAUGGCAGAGAAUUCCGAUGGGAUAAUGGGAUUCAGAUCUCGUGGCCCAAGAAUUCCUAAGCCACCGCCAAAACCAUCGGCAUUUCUUUUAUCAUCGAUUUCAUCUUCAUCUUCUUCAUCAUCUGUGGUAUCAUCGGAUUCGGAGGACGGGGCAUUGGCCGAGAUUUCAAAUAUUCCUCAUCCCCCACCACCUCCGCCUCCACCUCCUCCGCCGCCAGUGAAAGUAGUAGCUACAUCAUCAUCACAUCCUCCUUCCCAGUCUAAGGUGGCGCCACGUGCUGCAGCACCACCUCCUCCUCCCCCUCCUCCACCCAAAGGUUCGAAAACAGUGCCAGACAAGGUCAGGAGAAUCCCCGAGGUGGUUGAGUUUUACCACUCAUUAAUGAGGAGGGAUUCAAAUCCAAGGCGAGAUACCACCGCUGAUGCUCCGGCGGCAGGAGCGACGGCCAAGGACAUGAUCGGAGAGAUUGAAAAUCGUUCUGCACACUUACUAGCGAUUAAGACAGAUGUUGAAACACAAGGAGAUUUCAUUAGGUUCUUAAUCAAAGAAGUCGAAGGGGCUGCAUUCACCAACAUUGAAGAUGUUGUACCUUUUGUAAAAUGGCUCGAUGAUGAGCUCUCCUACCUGGUUGAUGAAAGAGCAGUAUUGAAACAUUUCAAUUGGCCUGAGCAAAAGGCAGAUGCAUUAAGAGAAGCUGCAUUUGGAUACAGUGAUUUGAAGAAAUUGGAAUUCGAAGCCUCAUCAUUUCGUGAUGAUCUUAGACAGCCUUGUGCUCCAGCUCUUAAGAAAAUGCAGGCCUUGUUUGAGAAAUUGGAGCAUGGAGUUUAUAAUUUGUGUAGAAUUAGAGAGUCUGCUACAAAGCGAUACAAAGUCUUACAAAUUCCAAUCGAUUGGAUGCUUGAUACUGGAUAUACAAGUCAGAUCAAGCUGGCAUCUGUGAAAUUAGCCAUGAAGUAUAUGAAGAGAGUGUCUGCAGAGCUUGAAAUCGUUGGAGGUGGUCCUGAAGAAGAAGAACUUGUAAUUCAAGGAGUUAAGUUUGCCUUCCGAGUACAUCAGUUUGCGGGUGGUUUUGAUGUGGAAACAAUGAGAGCGUUUCAAGAACUGAGAGACAAAGCUCGAUCAUGCAACGUGCAGUGUCAAAAUCAGCAACAGAAAAUUAUUUUCCGGUCUUCUACAGCUUGCUAA